GUGAUGAAAAAAGCAGACAUGAUCAACAAAAACAUGGUUCACCAGGUCCAGGCAGAGAGGGAUGCGUUGGCUCUCAGUAAAAGUCCUUUCAUUGUGCACUUAUACUACUCGCUUCAGUCAGCUAAUAACAUCUAUUUAGUGAUGGAGUACCUUAUUGGUGGAGAUGUCAAAUCUCUUCUCCAUAUUUAUGGAUAUUUUGAUGAAGAAAUGGCUGUUAAGUAUAUUUCUGAAGCAGCACUAGCUCUUGACUAUCUUCAUAGGCAUGGGAUAAUCCACAGGGAUCUCAAGCCAGACAAUAUGCUCAUUUCUAACCAGGGCCAUAUAAAGCUGACGGACUUUGGGCUUUCCAGAGUUACUCUAAACAGAG